CCUCCGCCUCCCGCACGGUGUGCGCGCCCGCGGCCAGGGCUGCCCCAGCGAGUCCGGCGGCCGCCGCCUCCCUAACCAGUCCACAGGCCACCUCGGCGAUCUCCCGAGUCCCCGCCUCGCCACCGUCGUCGCCGGCGCGCACGGCCGCCAGACCGCGUCCCGGAUUAAUUGGGGACAGCGGAGGCGGCUCCUCCCCAGCAGCGAUGCGACCCUCUGGGACGGCCGGAGCCGCGCUGCUGGUGCUGCUGGUAGCGCUUUUCCAGGGGAGUCUGGCGCUGGAGGAAAAGAAAGUUUGCCAAGGCACAAGUAACAGGCUCACCCAACUGGGCACUUUUGAAGACCACUUUCUGAGCCUGCAGAGGAUGUUUAAUAACUGUGAAGUAGUCCUUGGGAAUUUGGAAAUUACCUACGUGCAAAGAAACUAUGACCUUUCCUUCUUAAAGACCAUCCAGGAGGUUGCUGGCUAUGUCCUCAUUGCCCUCAACACAGUGGAGAGGAUUCCUCUGGAAAACCUGCAGAUCAUCAGAGGAAAUGCACUCUAUGAAAACACCUAUGCCCUAGCCGUCCUGUCCAACUACGGGGCAAAUAAAACCGGGCUGAGGGAAUUACCCAUGAGGAACUUACAGGAAAUCCUUCUUGGUGCUGUUCGAUUCAGCAACAAUCCAGUCCUCUGCAAUGUGGAGACCAUCCAGUGGCGGGACAUUGUCAACAAUGAGUUUUUGAGCAACAUGUCAAUGGACUUCCAGAACCACCUGAGCAGCUGCCAGAAGUGUGAUCCAAGCUGUCCCAAUGGAAGCUGCUGGGGUGCAGGAGAAGAAAACUGCCAGACACUCACCAAAAUCAUCUGUGCCCAGCAGUGUUCACGGCGCUGCCGUGGCAAGUCCCCCAGUGACUGCUGCCACAACCAGUGUGCUGCUGGCUGCACGGGGCCACGGGAGAGCGACUGCCUGGUCUGCCACAAGUUCCGAGAUGAAGCCACGUGCAAGGACACCUGCCCACCACUCAUGCUGUACAACCCUACCACGUACCAGAUGGAUGUCAACCCUGAGGGGAAGUACAGCUUUGGUGCCACUUGUGUGAAAAAAUGCCCACGGAACUAUGUGGUGACAGAUCAUGGCUCCUGUGUCCGGGCCUGUGGUCCUGACAACUACGAGGUGGAGGAAGAUGGCGUCCGCAAGUGCAAAAAGUGUGAUGGGCCCUGUCGCAAAGUUUGUAACGGAAUAGGAAUUGGUGAAUUUAAAGAUACACUCUCCAUAAAUGCUACAAAUAUCAAACACUUCAAAAAUUGCACUGCCAUCAGUGGAGACCUUCAUAUCCUGCCGGUAGCAUUUAGGGGUGACUCCUUCACACAUACUCCUCCUCUAGAUCCAAAGGAACUGGAUAUUCUAAAAACCGUAAAGGAAAUAACAGGGUUUUUGCUGAUCCAGGCUUGGCCUGAAAACAGGACUGACCUCCAUGCUUUUGAGAACCUAGAAAUCAUCCGUGGCAGGACAAAGCAACAUGGUCAGUUUUCUCUUGCGGUUGUUGGCCUGAACAUAACAUCCUUGGGAUUGCGCUCCCUCAAGGAAAUUAGUGACGGAGAUGUGAUCGUUUCAGCAAACCGAAAUUUGUGCUAUGCAAAUACAAUAAACUGGAAAAAACUAUUUGGGACUUCCAGUCAGAAAACCAAGAUUAUAAACAACAGUGGUGAAAAAGACUGCAAGGCCACAGGUCACGUCUGUAAUCCCUUAUGCUCGCCGGAGGGCUGCUGGGGUCCUGAGCCCAGGGAUUGUGUCUCUUGUCGAAACGUCAGCCGGGGCAGAGAGUGUGUAGAGAAGUGCAACAUCCUGGAGGGGGAGCCAAGGGAGUUUGUGGAGAACUCUGAAUGCAUCCAGUGCGAUCCAGAAUGUCUGCCCCAGGCCACGAACAUCACCUGCACAGGCCGGGGACCAGACAACUGUAUAAAGUGUGCCCACUACAUUGAUGGCCCUCACUGUGUCAAGACCUGUCCAGCUGGAAUCAUGGGGGAGAACAAUACCCUGGUCUGGAAGUAUGCAGACACCAACCAUGUCUGCCACCUCUGCCAUCCAAACUGCACCUACGGGUGUGCUGGGCCAGGUCUUGAAGGCUGUGCAACAAGUGGGCCCAAGAUCCCAUCUAUUGCCAUUGGGAUUGUGAGUGGCCUCUUCUUGCUGGUGGUUGUGGCUCUUGGAAUCGGCCUUUUCAUGAGAAGACGUCACAUUGUCAGGAAACGCACACUGCGCCGUCUGCUGCAGGAGAGAGAGCUCGUGGAGCCUCUUACACCCAGCGGAGAAGCUCCCAACCAAGCACUCCUGAGGAUCUUAAAGGAAACAGAGUUCAGAAAAACCAAAGUGCUGGGCUCUGGAGCAUUUGGCACCGUGUAUAAGGGACUCUGGAUUCCAGAAGGUGAGAAAGUUAAAAUUCCUGUGGCUAUCAAGGAACUUAGAGAAGCAACGUCUCCAAAAGCCAACAAGGAAAUCCUGGAUGAAGCCUAUGUGAUGGCCAGUGUGGACAAUCCUCAUGUGUGCCGCCUCCUGGGCAUCUGCCUGACAUCCACAGUCCAGCUCAUCACACAGCUCAUGCCCUUCGGCUGCCUCCUGGACUAUGUCCGAGAGCACAAGGACAAUAUUGGCUCCCAGUACCUACUCAACUGGUGUGUGCAGAUCGCAAAGGGUAUGAAUUACCUGGAAGACCGGCGCUUGGUACACCGUGACCUGGCAGCCAGGAACGUCUUGGUGAAGACACCACAGCAUGUCAAGAUCACAGAUUUUGGGCUGGCCAAACUGCUAGGUGCCGAAGAGAAGGAAUAUCAUGCAGAAGGAGGCAAAGUGCCUAUCAAGUGGAUGGCUUUGGAGUCAAUUUUACACCGAAUUUAUACCCACCAAAGUGAUGUCUGGAGCUAUGGAGUCACUGUUUGGGAGCUGAUGACCUUUGGGUCCAAGCCUUAUGAUGGAAUCCCUGCAAGUGAGAUAUCAUCAAUCCUGGAGAAAGGAGAGCGCCUCCCACAGCCACCCAUCUGCACCAUCGAUGUCUACAUGAUCAUGGUCAAGUGCUGGAUGAUAGAUGCAGAUAGUCGCCCCAAGUUCCGUGAGUUGAUCGUUGAAUUCUCCAAAAUGGCCCGAGACCCCCAGCGCUACCUUGUCAUUCAGGGGGAUGAAAGAAUGCAUUUGCCAAGCCCUACAGACUCUAACUUUUAUCGUGCCCUGAUGGAUGAAGAAGAUAUGGAAGAUGUCGUAGAUGCUGACGAAUACCUCAUCCCACAGCAGGGCUUCUUCAACAGCCCUUCCACGUCUCGGACUCCCCUCUUAAGUUCUCUGAGUGCAACCAGCAACAAUUCCACUGUAGCUUGCAUUAACAGAAACGGGCAGAGCUGUCCCAUCAAGGAAGACAGCUUCCUGCAGCGGUACAGCUCAGACCCAACAGGUGCCUUGACUGAGGACAACAUGGAUGACAUGUUCCUCCCUGUGCCUGAAUACAUAAAUCAGGCUGUUCCCAGAAGACCGGCAGGCUCGGUGCAGAACCCUGUCUAUCACAACCAGCCCCUGCAUCCAGCACCUGGCAGAGACCCGCACUACCAAAAUCCCCACAGCAAAGCAGUGGGCAACCCUGAGUAUCUCAACACUACCCAGCCUACCUGUGUUGACAGCGUAUUUGACAGUCCUGCCCACUGGACCCAGCAGGGAAAUCACCAAAUUAGCCUGGACAACCCUGACUACCAGCAGGACUUCUUUCCUAAAGACACCAAGCCAAAUGGCAUGUUUAAGGGUCCCACAGCUGAAAAUGUAGAAUACCUACGGGUAGCACCACCAAGCAGUGAGUUUACUGGAGCAUGACUGUGGAGAGUAGUAGCAUCAGUCAUAACAAUACAGACUUCAGCAACCCAGGACAAUGCUUGGCAGCUACUCUACUCCCAACAGCUGUGCUUGUGCUAACUCUCAGACACCAUGGGCUGGUGUUACUGAGUUAGCUCUGAUCACCCCUCUUUCAGCCAGGAAGUGCCACCUCCUGGGAUGCACUUUGGGAAGUUACAGGUACAUUCCUUGGUCUUCAAACUGUGAAGCUUCCACAAAAAGGCAUCCAGCAAGAAUGUUGUCAAUGAGCAGAAGUUUACCUUUUGGUGAGAUAUGUUUUUAAACACCAUAUAUACGUAUAUAUGUAUAUAUAUGUGUGUGUAUAUGUGUAUACAUAUAUAUGGGAGAUUUACUGCUUGAGGUUUUGGGAUUUUUAAUUGUCACUGCCAAUUUUGAUUUACUGGGCUCUUCCAAGGUGGAAGAAGCUUUCUUGUAGCACUUGCUCCAAGCCCAAUUAUGACCAAGGGCCACAAGUCUUCCAACCAAUGCUUGAUUCCACUGGCGCUCUGCUUCAAGAUUCUUCCAUUGUUAGACAUCCAAUUAUAUAAAAUGUCCUGCAUGUCGUAAGCAGGCCUCAUUGGUACUGUAUUCAAUCAUGGCUGGUACAAUAGGGUAAGCCACUUUGUUCCUUUCUGGGCGAAGAAGAAAUAGGAGGUAGAACUCUCCCUCAGAGUUACUUUUGUAUGACUCUCCAUGGUACUUACUUUCCACAAGAGCACCAGUAUUUUCUAAUUAUGGGUAGUAGACUUACUUGUUUAUUUUCCAUUCCAUUGUUUUGACACUUAAUAUGCUUUCUCUGUCUUGAUGUCAUAAAACCAGCAAAAGAAGAAAAGAGUAACUGAAAUGCCAUAUUUGAUCCAUUAAUGUUCAGAACAAUAGUCUUUAAGCCAGAAUGACAAUGCAAGGAUUGACACAAGAACCUAGCCUCUUGGAUGAAAUACAUCAUUUCUUUUCGGGGCAUACAUCAUGAGACUACAAAAAUGAUGCCUUUGUCCCUCUAUGCCCCAAAUUAAUUUAGACCACCCAUGGAAGAUAAUCUUUUUAUUUUACUUUUAAAGUUUUUUACUGAAAGGGUGUGUUUCCUCCUUAGUAAGCUGCCCCCAAGCCCCUCCUUGUCCUUUGUGAAAACUUUUGUAGGCCCUGAAUCCACUUGGCAAUAACUGGCAGCCCACAGGAGGUCUGUUGUCCAGAUGCCAGACAGAUAACAUUAUGAAUGGAAUUCAAGUGGCAAAAAUGAAAUUAGAGUUUGCAAUUGAUGACAAUACUUUUGCAAUAUCUAUGGAUGUUCUAAGGGGCAAAAUUUAUCGUAAAAUAAUCCCCUUCUCUAUAAUUGGAGGACCCAGCUAGUUGGGAAUCUCAGUUUUGUCUCUAAUUUGUUCAUCCUUGCAACCCAUUUGGUAAAUGGCAAUCUUCAGUAAACAAUGGUUUAAACACUCUUAGGCAACAUCCACAGCUUCUAGUUUAUCAAGGAAGAAAUCCCUGGUUUUGAGAAACUCACAAUUUAGCAAAAGGAGAUAAGUUCAUAAAUACUAAACAUAAAACAAUAUGACAAAUAUCAGAUAGCAAAUGUCAGCCAGGCACCCAGAGCACAGAGCAGGAAUGGUUGGAUUCUGCUUAGGGAGACCUGGAAGGUCAUCAAGGAGAUGCUAUUACUAUUGGGCCUCUAAAAUGGCCAGCCUUUUAGCCAUAGGAAAGUGAAAAGUGUGAUCCCAACAGAGGGACCCAUGACCAGAAGAGCAGCUACCAUUAGUACUAUGGGUAUCAGGAUGAGUUCCAUCAUCUUAACUUUCCCUUUAGGUCUGGGACCUAGGCUUGCAUCAUCCCCCAUGCUCUCUAAAUGUUUCCUCCCUCCUGGGAAUUUUGGGUUGUCAUCCACGAAAAUGACAAGAUUGAGCAACAUUUCUAGAACUUGAGGUUUCCUGCCAUUGUCAGAAAACCACUUUCAUUAUCUGUUCACCUCAUAAUACACAGAAAACUAUUAGCCAGAUACAUAUUCAGAACUAAGAAACAGAAUGACUCACAUUCUGCUAUCACUUAUUUGUCAAGAAGUAGAUAAUUGAUGAGGAAGAGCAGUUGUAAGCCAAACUGUAGCAAUGAAAUCCUGGUAUUUUUGCACUUUGAAAUG